CGCUGCUAGGCGUUGUUGAGAAGUCCCUAGAAGAUGACGGUCUUUUGUGCCCUUAGCCUGCGAUGUUCGGACUUCGUUGCCUAGAGGAGUUGUUGCUAGGCGUGUAGGCUGCAGCGAAUGUGCUUUCUGUGUGUGAGUACGCUCCGAGUGGAGAAUCAGGACCGCUGUCCACGCUUCCUCCCUGCAGGUGCUGAGAAGUGCAAGAUCCCCAUACCUCUCAAAAUGUCUGUCGGUGACCGUGAGGAGAUUCUCAAGUACUAUGAGUUACAUGAAACAAUUGGAACAGGUGGAUUUGCAAAGGUAAAACUUGGACGCCAUCUUCUCACUGGUGAAAAAGUUGCAAUAAAAAUCAUGGACAAACUUGCUCUAGGGGAUGACUUGCCUCGUGUUAAAACAGAAAUUGAUGCCAUGAAGAACUUAAGUCACCAGCAUAUAUGCCAGCUGUAUCACGUGAUAGAGACAUCCAAGAAGAUAUUCAUGGUCUUGGAGUACUGUCCCGGAGGCGAGCUGUUUGACUACAUCAUUUCUAAAGACCACCUUUCAGAAGAGGAAGCUCGUGUGUUUUUUCGGCAGAUUGUUUCAGCAAUUGCUUAUGUUCAUAGUCAGGGAUAUGCCCACCGGGAUCUCAAACCAGAAAAUCUGCUGAUUGAUGAGGAACAUAAUUUGAAGCUGAUAGACUUUGGACUUUGUGCAAAGCCAAAGGGUGGCCUUGAUUACCAUCUGAACACAUGUUGUGGAAGCCCUGCUUAUGCAGCACCAGAGCUGAUUCAGGGCAAAGCAUAUAUUGGAUCAGAGGCAGAUAUUUGGAGUAUGGGAGUACUGCUAUAUGCUCUGCUGUGUGGCUAUCUCCCUUUUGAUGAUGACAAUGUCAUGGCUGUCUACAGGAAGAUAAUGAGAGGAAAAUACAGUAUUCCAAAAUGGCUCUCUCCUAGCAGUACGCUACUACUUAACCAAAUGCUGCAGGUGGACCCAAAGAAGCGGAUUACAGUUAAACAUCUGUUAAAUCACCCUUGGCUCAUGCAAGGUUAUUCUGAUGCUGUUCAGUGGCAAAGUAAAUACCCACUGGGACAUCUUGAUGAAGAUUGCGUUACAGAGCUUUCUGUGUUUCAUAAACAGAGCAGGGAGAGCAUUUUGGAAUUAAUAUCAGAGUGGAAAUAUGACCAAAUGUCAGCAACAUAUCUCUUGCUUCAAUCAAAGAAGGCUCGUGGCAAGCAUAUUUCCUUAAGAGUUCCACAUCUGAAGGGGCAUGCGAGUAGAACACAAUCAGCAGGCCUUGAGUCUGAAAACACUACGAUAUAUGAAGAUACUCCAAACUGCAGUGAAGUGCCAUAUGCAUUUGGAUCCAUGGAAUUUUCUGAUGCAGCUUCGCUGUUUGAAGAGCCUCCAUUAGAAGAAUUUAUUCUAAAUAAUCACAGAAUAAAGCAGCAUUCAAGGCAUGAUGCUCAGCUGGAUGGUACAGAAUUCACACUGUCAACUCCAGUGACAAGGAAAAUGGCAUCAAACAAGCAUGAAAUCAAAGAGAAUGUUGAUACAGCGUCACCUUUAAGUAUUGAGAGCGCAUUUGCACUUCCUGCUCCAAACGCUCCUUUUGCGAAGCAUCAGAUUGAAACACAGUUACAAACUAUACCCUUUCAGGCAGCUGCGUUCAAAGAGAAUCAGUUCACUGGAGUCACCCCAGCUGAGAAAACCAGAAACCUGAGGAACACAAAUGAAUUGACAGCAGCUGAGGUGCUUCCCAAAAAAAGGUGUCAUUCUGUGGAAUUAGAUACGGACCUAACUCGUGUGGGUAGCAGCCAAAAGAAGAGAAAAACCAAAAUAUUUGGAAGUCUUGAAAGAAGCCUAGAUAAAGUGAUCACAAUGCUUACACCAAGCAAAAAGAAAUGCUCCACUAGAGAUCACCCAAGGAAACUUAAGGCACACUACAAUGUUACCUCCACUCAGCUACUGAAUCCAGACCAGCUCUUGAAUGAAAUAAUCACUGUUCUUUCAAAGAAUCAUGUGGAAUAUGUUCAGAAGGGCUGAGCUGUAACCAGCCUCUCUGCAGCAAUGUUUCUGCACAGGAGAGUGGUCUUGUCCUGGAAAAACAAUGGGGAGUGUCACCAUCCUUCCAGCUCUGCACUCUGAGAAUGGGGGUCUGUGGCUAGCAGUGGUCCUAUGGCUGGGUAGGACAUUAGUGCCACAUGCUGCUACUUGAGCAUAACGAUAAUGUUCUUGGACUACAGUAUUCAAAGCUCUCAGUUCACUGAAUUCUGGGCUGUUUCCCUGUAGUCUCAAUAGCAGUAGCACAAUUUCUUUAAAGUACUUUUAUUAAUUCAAAAUUGUGUUAGAAAACAAACAUUAAAUAUUUCAAUGAUUAUUUUGUUUCCUUUGUUUUGUACAGUUAUACCCUCAAAUGUCAAACACGGUCGCAUGUUGGCAAAGUAGCUAUGGAGUUUGUGUUAGAAGUGUGUCAGCUCAGCAGACCUGAAGUAGUG